UAAGUAUUAAAUACAAACUACUAAAUUCAGAACGCACAUUACAAUUUAUUUUUAAAAAAUAUGUCUUCAAUUUUCUCCAAAUCUUCCGCCAUUGUUAACUCUUCAGACAAUGAGUCUUGUAAACCACUCCUUCAAGUUCGAGAAAUCCCAGGUGACUAUGGUUUCCCAUUCUUCGGAGCUAUUAAAGAUAGAUAUGACUACUACUACAGCCUCGGAGCGGACGAAUUCUUCCGUACAAAAUCCCUAAAGUAUAAUUCUACUGUAUUCAGAACAAACAUGCCACCAGGUCCAUUUAUUGCUAAAGAUCCCAAAGUCAUCGUUCUUCUCGAUGCUAUAAGUUUUCCUAUUCUUUUCGACUGUUCAAAAGUCGAAAAGAAGAACGUUCUUGAUGGCACCUUCAUGCCAUCAACUGAUUUCUUCGGUGGAUAUCGUCCUUGUGCAUUUCUCGAUGCAUCAGAACCAAAACAUGCAACACAUAAAGGGUUUUAUUUAUCUAUAAUCUCAAAAUUGCAUACUCAAUUUAUUCCUAUAUUUAAAAACUCUGUUUCUGUCCUGUUUCAAAAUCUUGAAAUUGAAAUGUCUAAAAAUAUGAAAGGAAAUUUCAACGACAUUAGCGAUGCAAUGUCAUUUGAUUUCGUUUUUCGUUUGUUGUGUAACAACACAAAUCCCCAUGACACAAAUCUUGGCACUAAUGGACCAAAAUGUUUUGAUUUAUGGAUGUUGCCUCAACUGGCUCCAUUGGUCACUAUUGGUCUAAAAUUUGUGCCCAAUUUUCUGGAAGAUUUGAUGUUGCAUACUUUCCAAUUGCCGUUUUUUCUAAUUAAAUCGAAAUACCAGAAGCUUUACGAUGCUUUUAACGAGCAUGCUGGAAGUACACUUGAUGAUGCUGAGAAGAGUGGGAUCAAAAGAGAUGAAGCUUGUCACAACUUAGUUUUUCUUGCAGGAUUCAACGCUUAUGGUGGAAUGAAAAUUUUGUUUCCGUCACUGAUGAAGUGGGUGGCAAGUGGAGGAAAGAGUUUACACACUCGUCUAGCAAAUGAAAUCAGGACGAUCAUCAAGGAGGAAGGUGGGUCCAUUACUCUAUCAGCAAUCAACAAGAUGAGUUUGAUUAAAUCAACGGUGUAUGAAGUGUUAAGAAUUGAACCACCAAUUCCGUUCCAGUACGGUAAGGCUAAAGAAGAUAUCAUGGUCCAAAGUCAUGAUUCAAAUUUUUUGAUAAAAAAAGGUGAAAUGAUAUUUGGAUAUCAAACAUUUGCAACAAAAGAUGCAAAUAUAUUUGAAAAUCCAGAAGAGUUUAUUGCAGAGAGAUUUAUGGGUAGUGAAGGAGAAAAAUUGUUAAAAUAUGUUUAUUGGUCAAAUGCAAGAGAAACUGAUAGUCCAACAGUCGAUAACAAACAAUGUGCAGGGAAAGAUCUGGCUGUGCUGUUAUGCAGGUUGAUGCUUGUGGAAUUUUUCAUGCGUUACGACACAUUUACAGUGGAGUCAAGUAAAUACUUAGCUGGACCAUUAAUAACUUUCAAGACAUUGGAGAAAAAGGCGAUUUGAAUUGAUUAAUCUUCACUCAGCCAAGGUCUUUAUUUGCAUGUGGUUAUUCUGAACGUUUGUUGGUGUAUUUGUACUAAUUAGUGAUGAAUUUAGUGGAUGUAAUAAUUAAUUAAAUCUUUUUAAUGCU